AUGGCAAAUAAUUCAUUUGAUGAUAUAAACAACCAUUUAUUUAUCCAUGAAGAAAAUAUUGAAUUUAAAAAACAAUUAAAUUCAGAAUUAUUAAUUCAGAAUAAAAUAUUAAAGAACGAUAAUAAUGGUACAAUGCAAGAUGGACGAAUUAAAAAUGAAGAAGAUAGCAAUAACAUCAAAAUGGAACAAUUAUUAGACAAAAACAAUGAUAUAACGAGAAAAUCUAUUAAAGUUGAAAAGCAAUCAUCAUUUUCAUGUGAAUUUUGUAAUAAAACAUUUUCGUAUCGAUUCCAUUUGAUUGAACAUGUUAUGAUUCAUACGGGAGAAAAACCAUUUUCAUGUGAUUUUUGUAAUAAAACAUUUAGUCGACAAAGAAAUUUAGAUCAACAUAGACGAAUCCAUACGGACGAUAAACAUAAAUCAAGUCACAGUGUUGAAAAACGAUUUUUAUGUGAUAUGUGUAAUAAAACAUUUUCCACUAGAAGUCAUUUAUCGGAACAUAAACGAACUCAUACGGGUGAAAAACCAUUUUUAUGUGAUAUGUGUAAUGCAACAUUUAAUCGAAAAAGUAGUUUAAAUCGUCAUAAACAAUUAAUGCACAAUCGAGAAAAACCAUUUUCAUUAAAACAUUUACACGUGAAAGUACGUUAA